CGUUUCCGCAACUCCCUGGCUUUCUAUUCUCCCCGCCAUUUCUUCCUCCUUCCCUCGCCGAUCCUUAUUUACGCGCGCGCCAAAGGGCUCUCGGCAGCGACCCGUUAAUCUGUUCAUCUUCUUCUCCCGGCCUCGUACGUCGCCGUUGCUGGGCGUUGGUGGCGGGACGUUGCGGGGAAGAGGAGUGAGUCCCCGUCGUUCUGUCUGCUGCCCCUCUCGUUUUUUUUAGGGAAAAGAGCAGUCCUUCUCCAUGGGGCACACCGGGGACGGCAAGGCUGUCUGCGGCGGCGGGUUCAGUGAAAAUGGCAAGUUUAGCUACGGGUAUGCUAGCUGCCUCGGCAAAAGAUCUUCCAUGGAGGACUUCCACGAGACCAGGAUUGAUGGUGUUGAUGGAGAGACUGUCGGAUUGUUCGGUGUUUUCGAUGGUCAUGGUGGAGCUCGGGCAGCAGAGUUUGUCAAGCAAAACCUCUUCAGCAACUUAAUCAAGCACCCAAAAUUCUUCACUGACACCAAGUCUGCCAUUGCUGAAACUUUCACCCGCACGGAUUCAGAGCUUCUGAAAGCCGACACCAGCCACAACCGAGAUGCAGGGUCGACGGCUUCAACGGCUAUCCUCGUAGGCGACCGCCUGGUGGUGGCCAAUGUUGGAGAUUCUAGGGCGGUCAUUUGUAGAGGUGGUGAUGCUAUAGCGGUGUCAAGGGACCAUAAGCCUGACCAGACAGAUGAGAGGCAGAGGAUAGAAGAUGCUGGAGGCUUCGUGAUGUGGGCAGGAACGUGGCGUGUGGGCGGCGUACUGGCUGUUUCUCGGGCAUUUGGUGACAAACUCUUGAAGCAGUACGUGGUUGCCGAUCCAGAAAUCAAGGAGGAGGUGGUCGACAGCUCUCUGGAGUUCCUCAUCCUGGCGAGCGACGGGCUGUGGGACGUCGUCACCAACGAGGAAGCUGUGGCCAUGGUGAAGCCGAUAACUGACGCACAGGAGGCGGCCAAGAAGCUCCUCAACGAGGCCUCCCGGAGGGGAAGCGCCGACAACAUCACCUGCGUCGUCGUCCGUUUCCUGGAACAGCCGGAGGACACCACCACUGACAAAGCCUCGUAAACGCAAGAAACUCUUAGCUGCUGCUGCCGUCGAGCAUUGUUUGCUUGGGAUGUUCUAUCGUCCCCCCUCAAAACCUUCUCAAAUCACUGUCGUCGUCCGUAAUGAGCAAUGUAGCCCUUUUACAUGUUUAUUUUGACUUUCUUGUGUCGCUGUUUCAAAUGCAUUUGAGUUCCGUGCGCAACUGUUCUAAUUAUAAUGUUCUAAUCGUUUUUCAAAA